CGGUCACAGUCACGAUCACACAUUAACCACAGCCACACACACAGAUAGAAACAUGCAGUUACUCGCAGGUAUCCCCACCUGAACUCUGCCGCACAGUCACACAGCACACAGUCGCACAUCACUACGGGGACAAACGCGGUAACACUCAACCAGACACCAGCUCCCCACGGCCGCACACACAAUGCCGCACGUGGUCCCGCUCCCUCUCACACACACCAGCAGCCACAGUCUCCGAGGCCGUGCUGCACACGGUGUGAGCGUUGGAAACACACUCAUCACAAGAGCAGCCUGUCACAAUCGCGCGAUCAUUCACCACACACCUCCACACAGACGCAAGCGCACACUUUCAACCUCACCUCCACCGCCGCACAAAGCCGAGGCCCGGCCCCCGGCCCCGCCCUCUCCCGGGUUCCUCACCUCCGGCCUUACGAGCUUCCGAAGCAGCAGAAUCCUCCCCAGCACUGGGGUAGUUGCUGGUAAAGCCCUCAGGGUCCCGCCAGCGCGUGACUUGGAUGCUGAAUUCCCGCGAGAAAUACAGUCUUGCCGAGGAGUCCCCUGGGAAACGUAGUCAGAGACGUAUCAAGGCCGGAGAAGAUGGCUCCCGAUUGUCAGAAUUGCUGUCCGCGCCUAGCGUCAGCCCAGCCGAAAGGAUCGCCCCCCUCAUCAAACCGCUCGCGCCCCAGAGGCCUCACGGAGCCCUGGCUGAGGCUCGAGCCUUGGCCCCCAAAGAAAGCCACUCCGACGUGUUUGAGAUGGGCUUAGUUCCCGGACCCGUCCUACUGCCCCCAGGCGCUGGACAGCCUCAGAAAGAGGACAAGUCCACACGGAAAGAUAAUCGCACAGCUGAGCCUUCUGGGAGAUGUAGUUCGGAGCUGGGAAGGCGGUUGGACCCUUCGAAAGUCAUCUUAAUUGCUCUCACAGAUAAGCCGGCGCUGCGCUGUAGGCCUGAGUGCUGUGCGCCCAGAGUACGCAGGCGCAAACACGCCGGGUUGCUGUUUUGGCCUUUUAGUGCUCCUUAGUGCAGAGGGGUUAUGGGACCAGAGGUUGUGAGGCUCAAAACUAAUUGGAGAGGCAGAAGGGGUGUAGACCAGGAACCUGCGACGUGAUGGGGGAGGUCGAAGGAAAGGAAUCGCCAAACGUGGGACAGGUUUGGAGAGGCAGAAAGAGAGGAGUGUGAAAUUGCAAAGGGCAGGUGUUAUUCUGAGUUCUGUGUACUUUGUGAUAAAUGAGUGCAACAGGAAGUAAGAGGAGUUUCACUUUCUCCUUCUGCAAUUAUUUGUGUACUUGGACUAAGUAUAUCUUAUGGCCAAUAUUUGACUGCUUUUGACCUAUAAAGAUAUUGUAUAAACA